GAAAGGGGGGAGUCUCUUUUGAAGAGAAUAGGAGAGGCUCUCGGCUUUCCUCUUUAAGGGGAGAUUUCGGGCAAGAAGAGAGCGCACAGGGUAGAAAGGGGACAGGUGAGAACAGAGGAAUUCGAGAGAGGGAGAAGUUUUUUUUUUUUUUUUUUCUUCUUUGAGAAGUCAUCGAGGGUUUACAGUUCAUCGUCCCCUUCCCUGAGACGAAGAGCAGAACGGCGGCCUUCCUUUCCCGCCAUUGGUUCCUGGUCCUUCAUUCCCUCUGAAGAGGGCGGAAGAGCGGCGGUGGAGUGUGUUUCGUCCCUUUGAUUCGGCGCAUAUUCAGAUUCCCCACCUGAACCAGUUGCAGUAAACUCUACCGGAAAUCAUCUCAAAGUUCUAUUCCAGUGAAAUUAUUCAAAACCAUUUGGGAUUUUGAAUAGGAAGAAUACAUUUGAGAAGUUCUAUUCCAGUGUGUUUCGUCCCUUUGAGAAGUCAUUAAUGAGGUGACAUGAUUCCACUUUCCACCAUUAGCUGUUGAACCGUGGUCGAGCCGCUUUACGGAUCAACGAACGGUCUGAGUCGUCAAAUUCUGGAAGGCGGUAUAUAAGAAGUAAAGAACUGAUUGGAAGAAUACAGACCCCUUUUGGGCCCGACGACGAAACGGGAUGCUGUUCAAUCCAACCCUCUUUCGGGAUAAACCCCUUUAAGGUCCCGGGGCCUCGACACGCACGUCUCCGUCUUUCUUUUAAGUCCGGCCUUCAUCUUUCGUAUCAGAGAUAAGGCGUUAGGAAGAGAAGAAAAAAAUGGCGCACAGAUUGUUAAGAGAUCCAGAGGCAGAUGGUUGGGAGCGCUCUGAUUUCCCCAUUAUUUGCGAGUCCUGCCUCGGAGACAAUCCCUACGUUCGGAUGACAAAAGCAGAUUUUGAUAAGGAAUGCAAGAUUUGUACACGGCCUUUCACGGUUUUCAGGUGGAGACCAGGUCGUGAUGCAAGAUUUAAGAAGACAGAGGUUUGCCAAACCUGCAGUAAGCUUAAGAAUGUGUGUCAAGUGUGUCUCUUGGAUCUUGAGUAUGGGCUGCCAGUUCAGGUUCGUGAUACUGCACUUGCUAUCAACUCAAACGAUGCCAUUCCAAAGAGUGAUGUGAACAGGGAGUACUUUGCAGAGGAGCAUGACCGCAGGGCUAGAGCUGGCUUAGAUUAUGAAUCUUCAUAUGGAAAGGUUCGUCCAAAUGACACUAUUUUAAAGCUUCAAAGGACAACACCAUAUUACAAAAGAAACAGAGCGCAUGUUUGCAGUUUCUAUGUACGUGGUGAAUGCACAAGAGGCGCUGAAUGUCCAUAUCGGCAUGAAAUGCCCAUUACUGGCGAGUUAUCUCAACAAAAUAUAAAAGAUCGUUACUAUGGAGUGAAUGAUCCAGUUGCACUGAAACUUCUGAACAAAGCAGGUGAAAUGCCAUCUUUGGUGCCCCCUGAAGACGAAAGUAUUAAGACUCUUUAUGUUGGUGGGCUUGAUGGAAGGAUCACUGAGCAGGAUCUGAGGGACCACUUCUAUGCCCAUGGUGAGAUUGAGUCUAUAAGAAUGGUUCUUCAGCGUGCUUGUGCCUUUGUAACCUACACAACAAGAGAAGGUGCAGAGAAAGCUGCAGAAGAGCUCUCCAAUAAGCUGGUCAUAAAGGGUGUGAGACUAAAGCUAAUGUGGGGAAGGCCCCAGGCCCCAAAACCAGAGUCRGAGAACCCAGAUGAUGAGGCCUCAAGACAGCAGGCAGUAGCACAUGGUGGUAUGCUACCAAGGGCUGUUAUAUCUCAACAGCAGAACCAGCAGCUGCAACCACCAGGGACGCAGGACCAGCCACAAACGAUACACUACUUUAAUAUUCCACCUCCACUCCCGCCAGAGCGGACCUAUUAUCCUUCAAUGGAUCCUCAAAGGAUGGGUGCACUUGUUUCAUCUCAGGAAGGGUCCGGUAGUGCCCCAAGCGGAUCAGGUGAGGCAAAAGCAGCAGGUUCAGAGAAGCAGCAACAUGGAGGGCCACCAUUUGGUUACCAAGGUAUGCCUCCGCAUCAAGGUCAGUAUCCCCCUUAUUAUCCACCAUAUGGAUAUAUCCCGCCACCUCCACCUUAUCAGCAAUAUCCCCCACCAUAUCAGUCUGUGGUGCCGCCACCCCCCCCAGCAGCGCAGCAAUAUCAACAACCUCCUGGCCCACCAGGAUCUUCUCAGUACUAGAACUUUCUGUUAUUGUUUAAUCCUUUCUUUUUUCCAGGAUCUGGUUUAUCUAUUAAUCGAUCUUGUAUUUGGAUGUUGAUUUCCUUGUUUGUUCCAUGUAGUUUUCAUCCUUUAUUCCAUAUAUGAUCCAAGGAAGUAUUCAUGUUUGCCGAUAAAAAAAAAAAACAGAAAGAGGAUGCUUGGGCUUCAUUCCGUCUUGUAUUUAUUUGUGGUUAUACUAGUUAGUGUCGGGUUAGCCAAAGCCAA